AUGGUCGAGUCUCGCUCAGCAAAACGAAGGAGGGUAUCCGAUGUAAUAGAUCAAGACGGCGACAUCGAAAUCCCCGAAACGCCUCCAAGUGCACACCACGGCGAAGAUGAACUCACAGCAAUGGAUAUCGAUGAUCCAGAGGUCGAUGCAGCUCUAGCAGCGACACCGUCCAAAUCGUCCCGGCGAAAAUCCACCGCAAACAAAUUAACUGACGCCGAAGACAACGAAACCCCAUCGAGAAGUGUUCGAGCGAGUGGUCGACAACGGAAGGCCCCUGUGAGAUACGAGGAUGAGAUACAAAAGACUGAGACCCCGCGUCGGUCGCGAUUGUCUACAGCGACUCCUUCGAAGAAGGCAAUAACAGCGAACGGGAUACGUGUGGCCCUAAAGCACGGUCAAGUCGAUGCCAGCGAGUCUAAGAGUCGUUCGCCGGAUGUGGAUGUUCCAAUGGCACGAAGAAAGUCGACAAGAAGGCCUGCGAAGAAGGAAAGCCAGAAUGAGUCUGAUGAGUCGAAAUCUGAUGAAGACCCAGAUGCAGAACUAGAGAUGAUGAAUGGAGGAAUGGAUGAUAGCUACGAUCCGGUAGCUGCGCAGCUACAGGAAGACUUGAUACAGGAUGUUGAUGCUCAUGAAAACACAAUUCAAUCGAACCCGCUACCUGAAUAUGCGGAGACGUUCAAAAAACUUUGUGAAGCCGAGUUUCGGCACGAAAUCAACGCUGGGAGCAAGUUCGUCCUUGAGAAACUGAACAGGAAACGGUUGACACCUUUGAAGGGUUUGGAUGCAGAAUAUCAAAAAGUCUAUCAGCUAGUAGAACAGACUGUCACAGCAGGAGAAGGAAACUCGAUGCUACUGAUGGGCUCACGGGGAAGUGGAAAGACCACAAUGGUAGAAUCGAUCAUCUCUUCGCUGAUGAAGAAACACAAAGAUGAUUUCCACGUCGUUCGCCUAAACGGGUUCUUCCAUACUGAUGACCGUCUCGCGCUACGAGAGAUUUGGAGACAACUUGGUCGUGAAACGGAUACGGAAGAUGAAACUUCCAAGGUUAAUAGCUAUGCCGAUACCAUGGCUACAUUGUUGGCGCUGUUGUCGCAUCCGGAAGAGCUCCAAAAUAGCUCGGACAACUCUAAUGGUAUCACAACGGCAAAGUCAGUUGUCAUCAUCCUUGAUGAAUUCGACCUUUUUGCGACACAUCCUCGACAGACACUACUAUACAACCUGUUUGAUAUUGCGCAAGCGCGCAAGGCACCACUGGCCGUCCUGGGACUGACUACCAAAGUGGACGUCACCGAAACGCUUGAGAAACGUGUCAAAAGCCGCUUCAGUCAUCGCUACGUCUAUCUACCACUAGCAAAGUCAUUUGAGGCAUUCUCGGAGGCCUGUCUUUCUACUUUGACCGUAGAGGCUUCAGAGAUUGAGGACAAUGAUUUUGGUGGUAGGAUGCCGGCCAAACUUCCGCAACUUUUAGAUGCUUGGAAAGUGUACUUGAAGGGUCUCUGGGAGGACAAAGAUUUUGAGUCCCAUUUGCAACGGAUAUACCACCAAACAAAAUCCGUCAAGGAGUUCUAUUCUAGUGCCCUACUCCCGAUAUCAAAUCUCUACCAUAGCGCGUCCGACGUAGAAAGUGAUCUCGAAAUUCCAACAUCGGAGAGCUUCASGAGCCAAUCUCUGACAUGCCCAGACCCGGGCCCUCUUCCAUUCCCAUCAUCCCUGACAGGCUCUACAAGUGCAACAUCACUACCUCUAUCACUUCUGCUGGCAGCCACACGUCUAACAGCUCUCUACGAUCCGGGCACGGACGUAGCCACUUCCCAAUCCCUCGCCCUCUCGUUCCCAGCUGCCUACGCGGAAUACGUCCGUCUUUUGACUUCGGCCAAAGCUACUGCAGCUGCUCAAGGAGCUGCUGCUACGGGUGGUCGGGUCUGGGGACGUGAUGUUUCACGCGAAGCCUGGGAGAAGCUUGUUAAUUGGGGGCUAGUUGUGUCCCUUGGAUCGGGCAAUGGGACGACCGACGGAACGAUGUUUAGAGUCGAGAUUAGUUUUGAGGAGGUUGCUGAUAUGGUUGGCGGUGGUGGCUCGUUGGGCAAAUGGUGGCGCGCCUGA